GACUAGGUAAACCCCAACUUCCCCAGAACGAGUUUUGGAGAAAGAUCGUAAUUAAGACCAUUACGUGUUAACGGGUGACUGGAGCCAAUUUUGGGCUUUAAUUUAGCAAACAAAGAAAGGGGUGGGAGUGGAACGUUUUGUAAUGGGUCAGAAAAGCUUGAAUUUUUCUGUUAAGAAGUGUAUUCCAGCUCAGUUUAACUCUGGCUUAUGUCAAGUCACUUAUCAAACAACCAAACCUUCUUGUAAGUUUGUCGAUGCUGAGUGGAGAGAAGAGCCUGGCGUUCAGCAACAACGGCGGUACACAACCGAGGAACUUUCCCGUUGGAUCCAGCGCUUUACCAAAGCGAAAAUUGCGUCGCGGAAGCAGCACGACUUGCGACGAGAGGUUUUACUUCACAAUGCCUUCAUUUUCGCCCAGUCUGAGGUCAGAUGUCGUCAAGUGGAGCGCCAGAAAAGGUGGAAGGAAUUAAAACCGUUGCUGUUUUUGGAGACGACUGCACUCGACGAGCUGGGAAGGGGAGGAGAGAAUAAAAUGGCGGCGUCGGCUCACAAAAUGGCGGAUGGCGUUCAGCAAAUGGCGGUCGAGGAAGAAAUGGAUUUGGAAAGACCUUCAACGCCCCUUCCUAGCGUAACAGCAGCCUCUAAACGUCAUCGUUGUGGUUGUUUGCCGUCCAACAGAUGUGAUUGUGGCAUAGAAGACCCCAGCAUACCUCAAGCCCACAAAAAAUUUCGCCCCUCAUCACGAGAUGAAGAUGACGAUCUGAAGAGUUUGGACCGUUUCCUUUUGUCUCUACAUUGUAACAGUCGUCAAGUCGGUUAGAUUUUGCGCCGUUUUACCGAUAUAUUCAUAAUUUCAUUUUAACGAUCUUCUUUCUGAAUGUCUGAGUUAUGGCAAUUGAUUUUUCCUCAUAGUGCUUUUGUGUUAUGCCCUGCUUUGUUUUUGUCUUACAGUUGACUGGGAGAACAUCUUCGUCUACCAAAUGUGUCCAACUGAUUGAGAUGUUGCCAUUCUCCUGCACAUUGUCAACAUGUCCAUAGCUGAGAGAUAUGGAUCACUCGGUGUCCAUGAGGUAGUUGAUGACUCCAUGAAUGAGGUGAAAGAACGAAACAUGAACCCGACUUGCUCAGGUGUGAAACUUUUCCCUUUGGGCUUAGUUCCAAACCCAUAAGUGAUCGUAAAUUUAAAAACUUAAAACAUGUUAACUCAGCAGCAUCAGACACAAAAAUCUACAUAACUAAGUGUUGGUUCAUAUUGAAUCAUUGAUUUUCAUAGUGUGGAAACAUUUCCAUGUACAGAAUGACUUGCAACUUAUGGUAAUCAAUAUAAUGGUGAUUUUCAAAGUGUAA